UGCCGUGCGUCGAAAGUGGCUGGACAUGUGGCGUCGAAAAAUAGACAGCUUCACCACGACAAUGCGCCAGCUCAUUCCGUCCACACAGUUCAAGCUUUCCUGGCCAAGUGCAAAAUAAGCCCUUGUUCAGCAAUCUAUUUUCCCAGCUUGAUACCGUGUGACUCUUGGCUCUUUCUUCAGAUGACAACCAGUGUGAAAGGGAAGCGAUUUGAGUCGCGAGAGGAGAUACUGAGAAAAGCAACGGCGGAGCUCCAUAACCUUUCCAGAGAAGGCCCGGAGGUGAUAGCUGCAGUAGCAGAACCACUGAGGGAGAAUCUUGAAGAUCUUGGCUUAAGCAAUAUGAAAGCUAUUUCACAUCCUUUUUCCCUGAAACACAACGGAGAUAUGGGUCUACGACACGGGGAGAACUGUCGGGUAACGAAGGGCACUGCAAAGCCCAACGAAGGGGACAUUAUGACUCCGGAAAUGCAGGAGUGCUUUCAAAAACUCAUCAACUUGGUGCCAACCAUUCCUCGUACUCACAAAAUCUCCAAAGUACAGUUGUUGCAGCAUGUGAUCGAUUACAUCUUAGACUUAGAGGUGGCAUUGGACUACCCUAACUUCGUACAGUCACCUCCACCACAGCUGAUUAACACAGCCAGUGCACUCUUUAACCGAACGCCCCUAUCGGAAAAAGUUGAUCCAAAUCCCAUCGUAUCACAUGAAGUGAUUGUGGUGAGGAUAACUGACCCUGAUCUUGAACGAAGCGACCACGAUCAUUUUUGUUAUCCUUGAUAUAAAAUAGUUGUC